UAUUUAAAACAAUCACUCGUUAUUUAAACGUUGCAUUUUUGAGGUUGCGUGUAGAUAUGUGUUUAUGUGAUAUUUUCUGUGUAUGUUUUAGUUUUAUGUUCUCUCGCGAUCCCUGUUGUUUAUGAUUCCUCAAUCAAUAUGCGCAGUUUUUACGCAUCGUUGACUCUUUCAAACAAAAUGGCCACCCUGCGCGGUUCAGUUUGAGACCAUUUUUUUGUUUGUUUACAAAUUCAUGGGUAACUUUACUUCAGCUUUUUUAUGAAUGGAAAUUGAGUAAAAGGUGUAAUGCUAACAAUGGGAACAGCAUUUCAUUUCAUAUUGUCUACGCUUUACAAUUAAACACGUUUGUAUUUAGCAGUAAAACUGCGGACGUUCUAGUCGCUAAUCGAUGUAGCAUUUCCUGCAAAAUGACUGACACUUGCAGCUCGGAACCUGCUGGAGCUAUUAAGGCCAUUGAUAAGCACUCUGUGCACCAAAUCUGCUCAGGGCAGGUGGUGCUGACCUUGGCCACCGCUGUGAAAGAACUCGUGGAAAACAGCAUUGAUGCUGGAGCCACCAACGUUGAUGUUAAGCUGAAGGAGCACGGAACAGAACUAGUGGAGGUAUCGGAUAAUGGAAAAGGCGUCGAGGAGGCCAACUUCGAAGGGUUAGGUACGUAUCUGCAAACCUAUCCGUCCGUUCUAAUCGUUAAAUAUUUGAACGGUGAUAUCACAUCUUUCCCCACAGCGUUAAAACAUCACACGUCAAAGUUGAGGGAUUUCUCCGACCUCAUCCACGUGGAGACGUUCGGCUUCAGAGGCGAAGCCCUCAGCUCUUUAUGUGCUCUGAGUGACCUAAGUGUGGUGACGUGCCAUGAGUCCAGCCCCGUGGGGACCAAGCUUGUCUUUGACCACAACGGUCACUUGGUUCAGCGGGUACCUCAUCCACGGCAGCAAGGCACCACGGUCAGCCUGCAGCAGCUCUUCCUGACCCUGCCGGUCAGGCACAAGGAGUUCCAGCGCAAUAUUAAGAAGGAGUUUGGCAAAAUGGUGCACGUUUUGCAGUCAUACUGCGUCAUCUCGUCAGGAGUGCGCAUUACAUGCUCCAACCAAAGCGGACAAGGGAAGCGCAGCACGAUUGUCAGCACGAGCGGCAGCCAGAAUAUGAGAGACAACAUCGGCGCAGUAUUUGGGCCCAAACAGCUCCAGAACCUUCUACCCUUUGACCAAGUACCCCCUCACGAAAAGGUCUUGGAAGAAUAUGGACUUGAGAACAGGGAGCUUCCAAAAAAGCUCUUUAGCGUCACAGGGUUCGUGUCACAAGCGGAGCACGGUGUGGGAAGAAGCGCCACGGACAGGCAGUUCUUUUUUAUAAACAAGCGACCGUGUGAUCCCCAAAAGGUGACCAAACUUGUGAAUGAAAUCUAUCAUAUGUACAACAGACAUCAGUAUCCUUUCGUCGCCCUCAACAUAGAAGUGUCCUCAGAGUGUGUGGACGUAAACGUUACCCCGGACAAGCGGCAGAUUUUCCUUCAGGAGGAGAAGCUCUUGUUGGCCAUUCUCAAGUCUUGUCUCAUCAACAUGUUCGAGGCCGGUGUCAACAAAAUCAGUCGAAAUAUUAGUCUCAUCCCCCCUAACAGUAAGAUGACUACAUGUAAACAAACUGAAGAGAGCACGGUAGAAUCUGAAGAACCGGUGAUGCAGAGCCCGACGUCGUCUCUGAACCUCGCUGGUCUCAAAGCUGCUUUUUCAAGUCAGCACAGCGUCGUCGGUGCUUUCAAAUCCAACACGUCAAAAGCUGCAAAUAUCCACCAAGCGCAGAAAACUCUCAAGUCUUUUUUUAAGGACGCUGGAAAAACUGCGGCCCGUCAUCCGAGUGUAAAAUCUCCCGUGAAACUCGCACAUAGUUUAAAUGCAGGCUCCUCAGAAGGGAGGUCGGUGCUGGAUGGGUUCAGGUACGGAAAGGGGACAGCUUGCAGUGAUUCUGACUCCGAAGACCUUAUUCAGUCUACUUGUGAUUUAAGUUCUUCAGUAGGUAGUCAGAAUUUUGUCCCAUGCUCACCAGCUUUUGAUGCGGAAGAAACUAACGUGAAAAUCGAAGCAGUGACAGAGCCAGAAAUCCAAAAAACAGUCCAGAAGACGCAUGACAGUGAGUCCGGCGCGAUGAGUCCAGAUCCGAAAAGGGCCAAGAAAGAGAAUCCGCGGUGCGCGGUGGAUGCGCCGGUCAGCGUCCAAAAGAGGGCGGUGCCGCUCCGCUUCUCGUUGCCAGAGCUGAGCGGCAAGAUGAAGAGUUUAGCGGCCCAAAAGCAGAAGCAAAAAACCCGUGAGGGGCUUCGCUACCGACGCUUCAGAGCCAAAAUCAACCCGGGUGAAAGCCGACAUGCGGAGGAGGAGCUGAAGAAGGAAAUCAGCAAAGAUAUGUUCAAAGAGAUGGAGAUCGUGGGCCAGUUUAAUCUGGGCUUUAUCAUCACCAAACUCGACUCGGACAUCUUCAUGAUCGACCAGCACGCCACUGACGAGAAAUACAACUUUGAGAUGCUGGAGAAACACACAGUGCUCCAGGGGCAAAAACUCAUUGUCCCUCAAAAACUUCACCUCACGGCAAUCAGCGAGAACGUGCUUAUGGAAAACAUUGACAUUUUCCAAAAGAAUGGCUUUGAAUUUCAGAUCGACGAGGAAGCUCAGGUGAUGGAGAGGGUCAAGCUGGUGUCUCUGCCCACAAGUAAGAACUGGACUUUUGGUCCGGCGGACAUCGAGGAGUUGAUCUUCAUGCUGAGCGACAGCCCCGGCGUCAUGUGUCGGCCGUCGCGCGUCAGGCAGAUGUUCGCCUCCAGAGCUUGUCGGAAAUCCGUGAUGAUUGGCACGGCGCUGAGCGCAAGCGAGAUGAAGAAGCUGGUGCUGCACAUGGGGGAGAUUGAGCAGCCGUGGAACUGUCCUCACGGGAGGCCGACGAUGAGACACCUCAUCAACCUGGAUGUCAUCUCACCAGACUGACAGAGAAAGAACAUUACAAGACGCGCUAGCUCAAGGUGCCUUCAACCCACUGAUUCACUUGACGAAUCAAUAUCUAAACCCCAAUUUAUGGAUGCUGUUCGUAUCUGGUGUAAAUUCUGUACGUGACUGUUUUGAAUAUUUUUUUUACUCUUAAAUUCUUUCAACGUGCUAUCAUUAUUAAGUUUUACAGCAGCAGAGUUUUAUAUGCGAACAAACAUUGCGACACACGUCAAAUAAAAAAUGUUUAAGAGAUGCGUUGUUUA